UAGAAAUAAGUAGUGAGAAUAAGAGAGGUGCUUUUUCUAAGCUCAUUAACAACAGCAGCAACAAAAAGUAAUAUAUAUAUAUAUAUAUAUAUAUCUUCAGAGUAGCACAUAGGCUGUGCAACUUCUUUCUCUUCCUCUGCAUAUUGCAUUCAAAGCAAAACUUCUUAUUUAAUGAGUCACGUUCAAAAUUCAGAGAAGUAAAGAUAUGUACAUAUAUAUUUUUUUUUUAAACUGAGAGUAAGUAAUUAAUCCAAUUUUCUGUCCUUGAGUUGUUUUUUGUGCCUUUUGUUUUUGUAAAAACAGGUCUUUUCUCUAUCAUCUUUGACAGCUUCUAUCUGUCUCUCUGUCCAUGUAAAUAAUGACGAUGUACAUGUCAAGUGGUGAAAUUUAAUCCAAACAUAAAUUCGAAAACAAAUAAAUAAAUAUCAUAUUUUUUCGGGUUGCUUUCAAAAGUAGUAGUAUAAGAUUGGGGCAUGUUUGUUCUAUACAGGUGUUUUGAUUCACUUUCUUUUGCCUUUUUAACAUGUAACAAUAAACUCCACUUUUCUGUCUUUUUUACUUCUUUCUAAGCCAUUGUGUUUUUAUAUAUUCAAUUAGUAUAUACACUAGUUUUGUGCUUAUGGACCCUAAGUCCCAGGAUGAAGAGUGUCACAGUAGUGAAUCUGGAUGGACAAUGUACAUUGGCUCACCUUCGAAUGGUGAAGAAGAUAAGAUGAAUUGCGAAGACGAUUUUGAUGAAGUUGAUGAUGAUGUAGGACGUGGUCGUCGCAAGAAUACUGACGAUGAUGAUAAUAAUGAUACUGAUGACUCUAUGGCUUCUGAUGCAUCUUCUGGUCCAAGUCAUCACAUUACUAGAAAUGCAAAUAAGAAUCCAAUUCCAAAGGAAAAGGGUAAUGGAAAAAGUGGUUCUAACAACAAAGCUAGCAUGAAGAAAGGUAGUCUUAAGAAUCAAGACAAGGGAGGGUACUCUGUUUUUUCAGCAAAAGGUGCUAAAGUUCCAUCCAAUGGUGAAAAGGUAAAGAAAAGUAUUUGGAAGGGCAAAGGAAAAUAAAACUUACUAAAAAACUCCAAUAUAUAAAUAUAUUUAUCCUCUUGUUAUGUUGAUGUACUUAAUUGUAUCUCUUGUGUUAGUACUUAGUGCAAUGUUAAUGAUGUUUUGCGAUUAAAAAUGAAUCAAUUCUUU